UUUCUUCGCUAUGUACAAUUUAUUUUCCCUGUGGACUGUAAAAGGCUAGAAGCCCCGCCUUGAGUGGUGAAAGCUCCUCUUUCUUGAGGAUUUGCUCUCUCCUUUCAGCCUCAAUUGGUGCCGAUUCUCUUCUUCUCACUCAUGAUUGUGGAUUCAUCUACUCUACAGAAGCAUAAGAUGAUGCAGCAGCAAGGAGGCUCCGCCGAUUUAGCCCAGCUCCAGUCCACCAUGCAGGCCAUCGAGUUCGCUUGCUCUUCUAUUCAGAUGCAUAUGAAUCCGGCAGCCGCAGAGGCAACUAUCCUAUCGCUAAAUCAGUCGCCUCAGCCAUACAAGGCAUGCCAGUUCAUUCUUGAGAAUUCUCAAGUAGCAAAUGCGAGGUUUCAAGCGGCUGCAGCAAUUCGAGAUGCUGCUAUCAGGGAGUGGGGUUUCCUCACUACUGAGGACAAGAAAAGCUUGAUAAGUUUUUGUCUUUACUAUGUUAUGCAACAUGCUAGUUCGCCUGAGGGAUAUGUCCAAGCCAAGGUUUCUUCUGUGGCUGCUCAGUUGAUCAAGAGGGGCUGGCUUGAUUUUACAGCUGUUGAAAAGGAGACUUUUUUUUAUCAGGUGAACCAGGCUAUUCUUGGCAUUCAUGGUGUGGAUGUGCAGUUCUCUGGAAUUAAUUUCCUAGAAUCUUUGGUGUCUGAGUUCUCACCUUCUACUUCUAGUGCCAUGGGUCUUCCUCGGGAAUUUCAUGAGCAAUGCCGGAUGUCCUUGGAGCUAGACUAUCUUAAGACAUUCUACUGUUGGGCACGAGAUACUGCUGUUGGUGUCACAAAGAGUAUAACUGAAUCUCAUUCUGAGGUACCUGAGGUUAAGGUCUGUACUGCUGCACUGCGUCUCAUGCUUCAAAUUCUGAACUGGGAUUUCUUGUACAAGACUGCUGGCACAAAAACUGGUAUAGAUGUUUUUUCACCUGGAAUUAGAGCAGACAGUUCUUUGUCAAAGAGGUCUGAGUGUACAUUGGUGCAGCCCGGUCCUGCAUGGCAUGAUGUUUUAAUUUCAAGUGGCCAUGUUGGAUGGCUCCUGGGCUUAUAUGCAGCUCUGAGAGGGAAGUUUUCUUGUGGAGGUUACUGGCUUGAUUGUCCUAUUGCAGUAUCUGCUCGGAAACUUAUUGUGCAGUUCUGCUCCUUGACAGGAACCAUAUUUCUUUCUGAUAAUGGACAAAUGCAAGAACAUCAUUUGCUACAACUGCUUUCUGGGAUAAUACCGUGGAUUGAUCCUCCUGUUGCUGUUUCACAAGCAAUUGAAUGUGGGAAGAGUGAAAGUGAGAUGCUUGAUGGCUGCCGUGCAUUGUUAUCAAUGGCAACUGUAACUACUCCCUUUGUGUUUGACCAACUCUUGAAAUCCGUAAGGCCCUUUGGCACUCUUACCCUAUUAUCCACCUUGAUGUGUGAAGUUAUCAAAGUUCUCAUGAAAAAUAACACUGAUGAGGAGACAUGGAGCUGGGAGGCACGUGAUAUCUUAUUAGAUACCUGGACCACUCUACUCAUGCCAAUGGAUGGUACUGGUGGGAAUGCAUUACUUCCGCCCGAAGGUAUAAAUGCUGCAGCCAAUCUUUUUUCCUUAAUUGCAGCAUCUGAGCUAAGAGUGGCUUCUGCAUCAGCAAUGAAUGAUGAAGAUGAAUCUGACUACCUUCAGGCUUCCAUCUCUGCCAUGGAUGAAAGGUUAAGUUCUUAUGCUCUUAUAGCAAGAGCAGCAGUUGAUGUCGCAACUCCAUUACUCACAAGACUCUUUUCUGAGCUUGUUGCACGGAUUCAUCAGGGCAGGGGCAUCAUUGAUCCAACGCCAACUUUGGAGGAACUUUACUCAUUAUUAUUGAUAACUGGGCAUGUACUUGCAGAUGAAGGGGAGGGAGAAACACCCUUGAUUCCGAAUACCAUACAAACUCAUUUUGUGGACAUUCUGGAGGCAGACAAACAUCCAGUUGUUGUGCUCUCAAUCUCAAUUAUAAAGUUUGCUGAGCAGAGUUUAGAUCCAGAAGUGAGAGCUUCAGUUUUCAGUCCUCGUCUAAUGGAGGCUGUUAUAUGGUUUCUUGCCAGAUGGUCUCGUACAUAUCUCAUGCCAGAAGAAUUUAGGGACCGUAAUUUCAAUUCAGGUCAUGAUCAUGAAUAUCAGUUUCGGCAAUUGCACUCCAGAAAAGCCUUGCUCAGCUUUUUUGGAGAACAUAAUCAGGGAAAACUUGUGCUUGACACUAUUGUUCGCAUCUCAGUGACAACGCUUUUGUCUUAUCCUGGGGAAAAGGAUUUGCAGGCUCUCACUUGCUACCAACUACUUCAUACUCUUGUUCGUCGAAAAAAUAUUUGUGUUCACCUUGUCACGUUGGACUCGUGGCGUGAACUAGCAAAUGCUUUUGCUAAUGACAAAGUUUUGUUCUUGUUAAACACUGCUAAUCAACGUUCACUGGCUCAAACCCUUGUCCUUGGUGCUUCUGGAAUAAGAAAUUCAGAAGCAUCUAAUCAAUAUGUAAGGGAUCUCAUGGGUCAUACGACAAAUUAUCUAGUGGAAUUGUCUAACAAGAGUGACCUCAAAAGUGUUGCUCAACAGCCAGAUGUCAUCCUAUCAGUCAGUUGCUUGUUGGAGCGGCUACGUGGAGCUGCUAGUGCCUCAGAACCUCGAACCCAAAGAUCUCUUUAUGAGAUGGGAUUCUCUGUAAUGAACCCUCUUCUGGUUCUCCUUGAAGCAUAUAAACACGAGUCUGCAGUUGUUUAUCUGCUGCUUAAGUUUGUUGUUGAUUGGGUGGAUGGGCAAAUUUCCUACCUGGAGGCUCAAGAAACUGCUGCCGUUAUUGAUUUCUGUAUGCGUUUGCUUCAGCUUUACUCAUCUUACAAUAUCGGCAAGAUAUCAUUGAGUCUUUCAAGCAGCUUACUUAGUGAGGCCAAGACUGAGAAGUACAAGGAUUUACGUGCUCUUCUUCAGCUUCUUUCAAAUCUCUGUUCAAAAGAUCUGGUCGACUUUUCUUCAGAUUCCAUUGAGGCACAGGGGACAAAUAUAUCUGAGGUUGUUUACUUUGGUCUUCUCAUAGUUACCCCAUUAAUUUCUUUAGAGCUGCUGAAAUACCCCAAGCUUUGUCAUGAUUACUUCUCUCUGUUGUCGCAUAUGUUGGAGGUUUAUCCUGAAACAGUUGCACGACUAAAUAGUGAAGCUUUUGCUCAUGUGCUUGGAACUCUAGAUUUUGGCCUUCACCACCAGGACACAGAAGUAGUAAAUAUGUGCCUGAGGGCUCUUAAAGCUCUUGCCUCCUUCCAUUACAAGGAGACGCAUGCAGGCAAAAUUGGCCUGGGCUCUCACACCAAGGGUAUUAAAGAUCAGCAAGGCAACUUGCAGGAAGGCAUCUUAAGUCGCUUCCUUAGAUUGUUACUGCAGUUGCUCCUUUUUGAGGAUUACAGUCCUGAUCUUGUCAGUCCUGCAGCAGAUGCUCUCUUUCCAUUGAUUCUUUGUGAGCAAGACCUAUACCAGAAAUUAGCAAAUGAAUUGAUAGAGAGGCAAUUGAAUCCAACACUCCGAUCAAGGCUAGCAAGUGCAUUACAAUCCCUCACAAGCUCCAAUCAACUUUCAUCCACUCUAGACCGUAUGAAUUACCAAAGAUUUAGGAAGAAUGUAAACAACUUCCUGAUUAACGUCCGUAGCUUUUUGCGGACAAUGUGACGUGGGUAACCGUAGUGUAAUUACAAGGGAUUUUUUUUUAUUUUUGCACAUUUUUUUUCACUGUAAGCAUAAAGUUUUGGAAUCAGUGUGAAACAUUCCCAGUUUCAAUGGGCAAAUAGACAACUGUUUGUUCAUAUUCAACCAGUAAGAUAGUAAGGAAUCGCAGAAUGCAGUUUCAUCAGCCAGAGUAAAGGAAUUCUGCUACUCUAAAUCAAAUGUGACAUUCCACAAUUAGGGCUGUGUAAAGUUUUCCAUGUAAUCGUCCGUUCAAGGAUUUUCAUUUUGUGUGAUAUUUCUGAUUUAGAACAAUCUUUGCUGAAUUUAUAGCAA